AUGGUUCUUGUGGACUCAGUUAGCUCUUUGCCGGGCCAUGUUGGCAAUUUGACCGUGAAGGAAAAUGAUAUGCUUAAGCAAUUGUGGAUCCGUCUCCUGGAAUUAUUCAAACAAAAAGGCACUGAUAUUAGGCCUAAGGAGAGCGACACCAACACGAAACAAGAAGACACGAAGAAAGGGGGAGGGUGGUUUUCCUCCAAGAAAACUACGAGCAACGUGGAUAAAAAUGUGGAAGUUUUCAUUGGCACGACUAUAAAUUCUUCCAUUAUGUCUAUGCCACUGGAAAAGGCUUUACCUUUGAUUCCAGGCGACCAACUUCGCACCACAUUUUGGAACAUGGUAGCUACAGAUAAUCCGGACGCAGUCCUGCUACGUUUCUUACGUGCUCGUAAAUGGGAUUUAGAGGCCGCCUAUCAUAUGCUCACGAAUGCCCUCCGUUGGCGGUUGGUAUUCCGUUUAGAUGACAUUACGGCGCUUGGUGAAAACGGUAUGAGAGAUGAAUUAAACAGGUUACAGCCUGGACUCGGGGAUUCAUUUAUUACGCAGCUUAACUCUGGUAAAGCUUAUUUGGGAGGCCCUGAUAAAGAAGGUCGAGGCAUUUGUUUCAUUAAUGUUAAUCUUCAUCACAAGGAAGACCAAACGCCUGAAAUCAUCAAACUACUAACAAUGUAUAUCAUGGAAACAUCCCGUGCCAUUGUUCAUCAACCAGUAGAAUCAGCAUGUAUCGUUUUCAACAUGGAUGGUUUCACACUCAAAAAUAUGGACUUUGAUUUUGUCAAAUUCUUAGUGUCAUGCUUUGAAGCUUAUUACCCUGAGACAUUAGGUUGCUGUUUGAUUCAUAAGGCGCCCUGGGUAUUCUCUACCGUUUGGACAUUAAUCACACCGCUUUUAGAUCCAGUGGUGGCAAGCAAGAUUCAUUUUACCAAAGAUUGCAAAGAGUUGACCAACUAUGUCGAUAUCACAGCCUUGCCUGGCAAUAUCACGGGUGAGAAAGACAAGAAAACCAUGGAUGAGGCCGUAAAAAUAGAUCCUGUAGCUCCAGGAAAGCUAGGUAAACCUGACACGCCUGCAUAUCACGAAUACCAAGAAAUGGUGAAUGACUAUGAGGAUGAAACGAGCGAAUGGGCCAAGACAAAAUCAACUGAUAAUGACAACGUACAGAACACACGAAGAAUAGAGUUAGCCAAACAAUACCGGGUGACAAGGUUUAAGGCUGAAUUAGAUAUGCGAGGCCCGACUAGCUAUCAAGCCAAAGGAUUGCUUACAGUCAGCCCAGACAAUAGAGUCUUACUUAAUUAUGGGAGCGACGGUUGGACUCCCUUGGACAUUACUGAGAUGGUCUAA